AUGCAACCUAACGGUCUUGACCGUCUGGCCGGCCUCGUCCGCCCAAACGAGAAAGCCGCCUACGCUCAUCUCCAAAUUGAAGAGCUGGAACAGAACAGGGAGCCGAGCCCGCGUCGCUGGUCUUGCUCACCAAGCGUGUCUCAAGUGCUUCUUUUCCUGAUCUCCGUGGCUCUUCUCUUCGCUACCGGUAUCCAUCAUUUCCGCGAGAGCGAACACUCCCACUACCAACGAACAAAUGUGGGAAACCUUGAAGAGAUCAGAGGUCCGACGAUGUUCAAGGAGGCCGACACCUCAGGUCCGUCUCCGGAGCUAGACGCUGCUUGGGAUAAGCUCAUCGAUGAGCGCCACUUCAUGCUCAUUCCCGACGAAGACUUUCCCACGUCCGAGUUCAGGACCAGGGAACCGCUGAGAGCUUCUACUCCUACGCACAACGGCACUCUCGCCGUAUUCGAAUAUGUCCACGCCUUGCACUGCGUUCACCUGAUAUGGAAGCAAACCUACCCCGACUACUACAAAGAAGACCAUAUGAAAAUGAAGAACGACCCGAAGUGGCAACACGCCCACAUCAACCACUGCGCGGACUUCUUGAAGCAGUACAUCCUCUGCAACGCCAACCUCGCGUUCAACACCUACUCCUUCAAUGAGACCCGCGGCGGCGCUGACGUGGAUAUCGUGUCGUCGCACACGUGCAUCAACUUGGAUGCCGCGGACGACUACGCCAACCGACACUACGUCAACAGAUCUGAGCUGGCCAUCGCUACCGGCAAGGAGAUUACUGCCGAUGUAUUUUGA